AUGCUGCACCCAGACGACCGCAGAGAUCUCAUGAAGGCCGAGUACCUGGCCCACAGCGGCCUCUUGUCAGGGGUGCUGCUGCUUUGUCCAGUGCGAUCCGUCGCGGAGGUCGAGAGACGGUGCUCGCCGGGCUGCUCGUUUGAGCAGCUCAUGGAAGGCAGGCAAAUGCUGGAGACGAUCUGGGCGGAUACACGGCUCGCGCUGUCCUGGCCGCUUUUUCGGGAAUCGGACACCAACCUCCCACGGCUGCUGGAGAUAUACUUGGCUGCCAGGGCCGACCGAGGUCUCCUGCGCUGGGACGGCUGGGAAGCGGGAUCGCUCUCGCAGUGGAUGGGCAGCCGCUUCGCCGAGAACUACUCGCCCGACUCGGCCACGCUCAGGACGGUACCUGGUCGUCCGUGGUUUGUGCGGCUGCGGCUUUCCAACACCAGACGGCUGCAUUUCCAUCAGAACCUGGCCCGCUUCAGGGUGCCAAGACACCAACUCGUCGAUGAGGGCGGGGAUGGGAACCCGCAGUAUUUGGGGCGGGGCAGCGGCUGCUACGUGUGCGUCGCAGUCGUUAAACUUCGCGGCCGCGACACGUCGUAUGAUACAUUACGACUGUACUCGGAACGGGGCACCCGCUUGACGUACAAUUACGCCUUUCCCCGGUCCGACCAGUGGCUCGUCGAAGACGGCGGCGAAUACAUGCUUUACUAUGUCCGUAUCUGUGACGGCGCCAGCCUGCAGCACUCACUACCACUGCGCUAG